AUGGUGUCCGCUUUACUUGACAGUGUGUUGGCUAGUCCCGGUAUCCUCAGGUUACCCAAUAGCAUUGCUGAAAGAGAUGCCAAGGAGCAGGUAGGAGCUUCAAAAGGUCAAGUCCCACCACCUCUGCUCAUUUCGGCAAUCGAACACAAGAGUUCCAAUGUUAAUAUUAUUCGCGACUUUGCUCGUGCCUUAGAGAUCGAAAGACUAAGAUCCGGGAACAUCGCCAACAACGGACCCUGGAUACGAGAAUCUCCAUUAGUAACAGCCGUUCGGUUAGCUCGAGUUGAUGUCUUCGAGUUACUACUUAAAAAUUAUCCGGCUCUACUCUCUUGGAUGAGAUUUGAAGACGAAGAUACCGACCCGGAAUCUUCAGGUAGGUUACCUUUGUACCGACACUGCUUGACUGCAAUGCAUCAUGCUAUAGAAUUGUUUGCCGUGGAGAAAGAACCUACACUUCGUAAAAAGAUGGAGGAUUGUGCCUUAGCUCUUAUUGUUUAUGGGACUUAUUUAGGCCCCCUCAGACCGGAAGCCCAAGUUGCCCUAGCCGGUAAUUCUACGUUGCCACCCCGUUUCGUUCUUACCCGUAGCUUCUUGUCAGCUAUAAAUUCUGGAAUGGAUCGAUAUACCACUGCCGUAGUACAUCGAACGUUAAAUCUACCACCAGAAAAUAGGCACCGGCAAGUUCUUAUCGAUGAUGGACUUCCCGAAAUAUUAAGUAAAGCAGCCCAGUCGGGAAAACAUCCAGCUCUCAUCCAAUAUCUUGCCAACCUAUCAUUUUCGACUGAUGGUGAGAUCCUCCCACUCCCCGCAAAUAGCUUGGAUGCCUACAACGCAAACCCCAUUGCACUGGCACUUACUUCUGAAGCUCGCCAACGAGACGCUAUCCAUAUUUUACAGAUGCUAAAAAGCCCGCUAAUUCACCGUGCGGCUCGACGCGGAGUGGAGCCGUGGGAAUAUAUAGUCCAGCUGCUAAUACAUGGUAGCAUAGUAAGUGCGGCGGCAACAGGAGAGUGCUUGGAUUACUUCGUGGAACACAUGAAUUACAUCCAAACGUUUCUUUUCGAUAACCGCUCUCUGGGUCCCGAUCUCAAUGAGCAAUUGCUAGAGCACUGUUAUAAUAUUGUGCAGCUUGCACUUCUAACUGGUAAAAGUUCCUUGUUUAAUUUUUACUGGGCUGCUACACAUAUGACGGGCUUUGAUACUCCAGAAUGGUUACGCCAGGCAAUUCUCUAUGGCAAUAGCGGAGCUGUCCAGAUUAUUGUUGCUAGAUGGACUCAACAAGGACAAUCUUUAGAAACACUUUUACCGCCAGUUCCGCCGAUAUCAGGUUUUCCCGGGCCUAACACUCCCCAGACAGCUUUAAAUGACGCUGUUCGGGUCAGACACCUUUCAGCGGUAAUCAUACUACUAAACGCGGGUGCUGAUCCAAGUUCCGUUAGCUCAGAUGAAUGGGCUGAUCUCGCAAAGGAGAUAUGGAUUUUUUGA